CUUCAUCGUCCCGUCUCCUGUUCGUCUGCACGAUUACUUCGUCGAUGUUUGCUUGACCUUCUAAGAGGUCUCCCUUUUUGCUUCUCCUGGAUAUCGAUUCGUAGUGCGCAGAAUGGCUGCACUCAAGCCAAUUUUCAUCAAGGCCUAUUGGUCACUAGCUAUCCUCGGCAUGAUAUGGGCCGCCUUCCUGAUAGCGUUGAUCAACCCGACCAUCCAGCGACAUGCUCUGUACGCACACAAGCUCAACACAAACUUUUGGCAUAAUGUCUCCAAUCCGGAAGAAUUCGGAUUCGCCAAGGGCCAAGUUCAGCCUUUCUGGCUAGAGACAGCAGACGACGAGCGACUGUUCUGUUGGCAUGUGCUUCCCCUGGAUGUCUACUUGCAGAACGAGGAACAGUUGGCCAUGAGUGCAACAAAUGGGGAGAUCGUCGAUGAGCUCAAAGGAACAGUCAGUGAGAAAUUAUUGAGAGCGGAUCCCGAGGCGAGAGUAGUCGUCAACUUCCAUGGUAAUGCAGGCCAUUUGGCACAAGGAUGGCGUCCGUCGACUUAUCGCUCAAUCUCUGGCAUUCCUCGCACUCACCUUCUUACAUGUGACUACCGCGGCUUUGGGCUCUCUACGCUCAAUAACCCACCUUAUCUCCCCACAGAGACAGGCCUCAUUACGGAUGCGAUUUCGAUACUCUCUUACGUCGAAACUGAUCUCAACCACCCAUCAACACGCACCGUACUGCUCGGUCAGAGUCUAGGCACGGCCGUGACAGCCGCUUCGGCACUCUACUUUGCAGACCCAUCAUCAUCGGAUCUACCUACAGACAUGAAGCACAUCUCGCCGCUUCCCAAGUCGCACGCUGGCUUUGCAGGUAUCGUUCUUGUGGCUCCGUUCCGAGAUCUCACAACUCUGCUUGAGACCUACAAGAUCGGUGGCAUCGUCCCUAUUAUCCGCCCCCUACGCGGCUACCAGCGCAUUGCCAAGUUUCUGCUCUCACGAAUCGUGGACCAUUGGCGAACGCUCCCUCGUCUCCGGUCCCUGUUGACUCUCACCGCUGCUUCCAAAACGCCUAUCAGGCUGACGCUUCUGCAUGCACGCAAUGAUCAGGAUAUCGACUUCCGCCAGUCUGAAGCGCUGUUCCAGCCUCUUCAGUCCACGAUGCUGGCAGAGGAGGGUGUGAGCGCAAGAGAGGAACGUAGGAGUAUUCAUGGUGCUGAAAGAGUGAAGAGGGGUGCUUUCGCGUACAAGAAUGUUGAAGAUCCGAGAGGAGAGAGAGUAUGUGAAAUGGAGAUUGUGCGGUACGGUGGGCAUAAUGAGGUUGUUGGAUGGACACAGGUCAGUCUUGCAGUAAGAAGGGCUUUUGAGGCUGUAGAGGCGAGGGCAGAGAGGGGUGUUGGACUGGAUACUGAGUAAGAUAAUGAGUAGCUUGGAGGAUUGCGUGAUCGUAUUCAGAGAACGAGUGUAUGGUACGAGUAUUAAGGAGAACAU